GAAGAUUGCUUGAAUUGAUUUCGUCUGAAUUUAGGUUUAGCACAUAAUCAUGUUCAAUUUGCUGCACUGCACUGCCUGGAGAUGAAAGGCUCAGAGGAGAAAAAAAAUAGAUUUAGCUUGUGUCAGCCCAUGUGAUGAUGUCACUGACAGAAGAGAUGAGCUUGUGUUGUUCCUAUGCUAUGCCUGCACAGUGCGAUGGUGCACUGAACAGGGAAAGAAUCACUGCCAAGUCAGCUGAGAGCGAGAGAGAGAGAGAGAGAGAGAGAGAGAGAGAGAGAGAGAACACAGUAGGUGAGACUCAGGCUUGGAAAUACCUGAGACGGACUUUCUCUCUCGUUUGUUUUGCACCCUGUCUAAACAGCAGAAGCCAUUAGCACUAUCAGUGCAUUUCUACAGGAGUACCUGCUUUGUAUAAUUCUUUUUAACAGAAAAUUAUUAUUUUAAAACAUACAUACACUUUCCUCUACAGAAGAAGGGGAAUGCCUUCCCACAGGAUGGAUUGUGACAUUUCUACCUUGGUUGCUUGCAUGGUGGAUGUGGAAGUUUUUACCAGCAGGGAGAUUCAGGAGAAAUUUGAGGCUCUUUUCUUGGCUUAUGACGAACACGUAACAUUCCAGAUGUUUAAAAGUUGUCGACGGGUGAGAAUAAAUUUCAGCAAUCCCAAAGCUGCUGCCCAUGCUAGAAUAGAGCUCCAUGAAACUACAUUCAGAGGAAAAAAUUUGAAACUAUAUUUUGCCCAGGUCCAAAAUCUUGAAGUAGAAGGAGAUGGUCGUCACUUGGCUCCUCCACAGCCAGCAAAGCAGUUCCUCAUAUCCCCACCAUCAUCACCUCCUACAGAAUGGGAGCAGAUAAAUGAGAUACAUGAAGCUACAUCGGUCAUUAACUAUGACCUCCUCUAUGCAGUUGCAGAACUAGAGCCAGGAGAGAAGUACGAGCUGCAUGCAGGAACAGAAUCAACACCUAGUGUGGUAGUUCAAGUCUGCAACAGCGAUGCUGAAGAAGACGAUGACUCAAAGAAUGCUGCAAAACCAAAGAUUGUUCAGACCAGAUGCCCUGAUAAUCCAUCAGCCAUGCCUAACUGAGCUGUAGACAGUGGUCUUCUUGCUGACAUGCUGUCUCUAACACAGCUGUUUUCUUGGUACUGAAAAGUAGCCAUCUCUCACUAAUGGGUGACUUAGUUAACUUAAAUCUCUUUGUGAUUUAAAAUGGAAAAGGCCUAUAGAAAAGGGCUAAGAGAACAGGCUAUGUAUAUCUGUAAACUAAUUUCACAAAUAUAAAUGUCUGACCAUGCUGUCUGCCAGAAAAUGUAUACUGUGUCCUGAAAUGUCUUCUGGUUUGUUGAUUCGCUUUUGAAAUGUGCAUGGAGAUGCAAUGAAACCUUUAUAUGCUGUCUUGCAGCUUUCUCUUCAUGGUGCCAUCUGAGCCAUACAGAGCUUUUCAGCUAACAGUAGUAGUAGAAGUAGCUGCAAUGACUGAAACACACUGUCUUUUACAUAAUCCAGAUAACAUUACAUAUCCCACAGUAAUUCUAUAUGGUUAGCUACCAUAUGAUGCAUGAUGACAGAUGCUGUUUCCUCUGUAUCCAGGCAGACAUGAAAGGAAGGGAUUAACCAAUACCAAGCAGAGCACAAAAGAGUUAGAAAUAGUCUCAAAUAAAACGAGGCACUUAAUAUUUUCAGAUGACUUGCAAAUUUUUAUAUUAUGGAAACAAGCAAUCUAUUUUAAAGCACUUUGUUAUACUGCUUUAGUAAAUGUAGUCACACAGUGUGUGCAUGCAUGUACUUCUUUACUGUAUGAAUUCCUUGCUUUCUAACUACUCACAAUGCCUUGCAGAACUGGUAGCAUGCUCAGUCAGUCGCAAGGGUCUGAAGAGCAGAAGCUGUGUAGAAAAAUGCCAAAUCUGAAAUAUAUUUUUGCAAAUAAGAGUCUUCUGUUUUUUUUUUCCAUAGACUUUCUGUAAUCCUUUUGUGUCAGCAUGUUAAGGCAGUUUAGAAACUGAGUAUUUUAUUCCAACAGGUUCCAGAUAAUCAUCUAACAUUGUGCUGAGUACAAAUCUAAACAGUAGUUCACAACUGUACAUGUCAUACAAUGAAGAACAAAAACAUUUUUUUUUUAAUUUUUUCAUGAAUACAUGAAAGACAAGAAUGAAUGUGAUAUUGUUCUCUUAAAACAUAUUUCUGGGAGGAUUAUGUAGAUUAUCAGGAUUCACUCAGUUUUGUAUGGUCCAAACUGUUCACUACUUUAUGCUUAUGGGCUUGAUAUAAAUCAAUCCAAUACCUAAAACUGUGCAAGAAAAAAAAGCUGUACUAAAUUAGAAAUGUUGAAAAGUUAUAAAAUAGACAAUUCUGUUGAUAACAAUUCUUUCCACACAGGGCUUUUGAUCAAAAUAUAAUCUAUGUUUCAUUGUUGUCUGCA